AUGGCGGAAUGUUGCAUAUAUAUAUGGCAUGGGUUUUCUGUCCUUUUCUUCUCAGGUGACAGCCUCACAGAUCAGACACGUAAGGUCCUUCUGAUUCUGAAGACCUUUUACUCCGACCAAGUUGCAGUUGCAGAGACGAGGAAACUUCUUAUUAGCUGCAAAGUAAUUGGUCAGACCAAAUGUUGGCGAGAUAGCGUAGAGAAUACAAGGCAGAGACCAAGUCAUGGCCGAGUCUCCCGCUGUCUUCAUUUGGAAAAGAAAAAAAAAGACACGACCCGCCCUGGCUCCCAGAGCAGCCCAGGCCGCCUAGGAGCAGCCAAGAUCCGCCCAGGCCGCCUAGAUCAUGCCAGACCGCCUAGGCGCCGCCUAGAUCCUGCCAGACCGCCUAGGCGCCGCCUAGAUCCGGCCAGACCGCCUAGGCGCCGCCCAGAUCCUUCCAGAUCCGCCCAGGCCGCCUGA